AUGGGACGGAUGUCGUCCUUCUGCUCCCUAGGAGUCAAUCAGUUAAUCAUCCUUCUCCUACGGGUUAGCCUUCUGAACUGGCCCGGGUGUGUGCUUUCGUCACCAAUCGCAUUAAGACCCACAGGUUCAACUGAUGGGGGAAUUUCAACUACGAAAACCAUAGAACUAUCACUAUUUUCGAGCCCUUCGACCUCAGGGCAUCAUACUAGUACAAUCAGCGAUACUACAGUGAUCCCCCCCGCAACAUUAUCCGAAUUUAAACCUUCCACUACCGUAGCUGAGGCUCCUCCUACCGCAAUAGAAACAUCACCAUAUGAGAAAAGAGUCCUUCAGCCUAGCUACUUUUAUGAGGGAGGUUGGAGAAUCAAUUGCGCGCUCCCUGAUGUGGGAUAUAACCUCAUUAUGGAUUACGUAGUUAGAGGUGUCGUCCCUAACCUCGACGCUUGGUCCCUUUCACUGAAUGAGUGGGAAUCUAUUAUGAGGGAAUACAGGCCAAGAUUUGAAGUUCCUCAGACUCCCGAGAUAAAAGCAGCUGAGACGACCAAGGUUGCUGAACGUCAGGUUUUGUGCACCGCUUGUCGUUGUACUGAAGAAGGAAGCAUCACUAGUGCGGGACCAUAUCAGUAUUGGUGUCCAACCAGGGCCAAAGCAGCUAGAUGUGGCUUGCUAUACGCCACACUAGGACAGCCCCAGUUACCAGAAAAUGUUGGGUAUCAAGAGGUUCAGGAUGCUCUUGAUAGAAUUCCCGGUACCGUUCGGGCCGAUCGGGCAAAUCUGGGUUGGACGUGGCAGGUAGACCCAAGGAUUGCCCAAUUCGUGGGACAUAGGAUGACUUAUAGCAACAUGGAUCCUUCGUUUAUAAAUAUCGACUACAGGAUGAUGCCUGCGCCUGAGCCCAUUGAUCCUAUCCAAACACCCGGUGCUCCAGAGAACACCCAUUUGCCCCCCCCUCCUGAUCCCAACGCUAUUCCACCUCAAGAAGAUUUUUAUCUCCCUUAUUGGGCGAUGCCCUUGCCUCCAGGCCCAUUAGAUUAUGUGGCUGGCGCAGUAGCACCACCCCACAACCCGGGUCCACUCGAUUACGGAGUAAAUGUUGCCCCGUCUACAGAACCACCUCAGAUUCUCUAUGGGCCGGGAGGAGAUUACGGGAGCCAUGAAUACUACAAUCAUAACGGCAUGCAUUGGGUGUAUACUGGCCCUCCCCUUCCUAAUUUGCACGAUGGGUUUGGAUCCACUGUAUACGAUGGAUCCGGUGGAGGUGGAAGUGGAAGUGGAAGCGACGGUGGUGGAUCUGGGGCGAGUAAGGCUAAGCGAGAAGUACCUGAAUCGCCGGGUGCAGAAUUAGACAUCAAAUGA